GCCAAUUGGAGGAAAGCACAAAAUGAGUUGCCGGGUGCUCCAAGUGCUCGUCAGCCCUGCCCGUAUGGGCCACACAUCUGCUUGGCCGUGUGUAGCGAUGGAUCUUCAGUUGCACAGGCGAGGCAUCCAGCACCGCUGCUUCGCGUCACGAGCACGGAAGCGACGCAAGAAGAACCACAUGGCGUAUCCCAUCAAGCCUCCAACGUGAGCUGAAUGAAUGAAUGAGUUGCUGCACGGCCUGCAACAGAUCCAUCCAUCCAUCAUUCGCUGCUGUUGUUCGACAUAUGUUUGGAUACCUACCUGCCUGCACAGCAAGGUGCUUCGUCCCGACACGGACUUUCCCAAGGCAGUGCUGCGGCGGCCUGACAAGGUGCCCAUGCUGAGUCGCGAGGACAUCCCUGCGCGGCCAGUGAGGGACCUCAGCGAGAUGAGCGACGAGGGCGAUGCCCAGGACGGGAUGAGACCCAUCAAACCACAUGAGGUGGGUGAGUCAGUGGGGACGGCGGCUUUGUCGUUCGCUGGCGGGUUGCAUAUUGCGUAUCUAUCUAUAUGUGUGGUGCGAUGCGAUGCGAUGCGAUGCAGGUGGCCCAGAUGUUUCGGAGGGAUGAGAGGACCGUGGGGGCUGUCGGGGACAAGAUACGCCACCCUGUGAGUAGGGAUGGACACUCACACUCUCACACACGCAGACAGACAGACAGACACAUAAAUGUGCGUGUGCACAUGACAUCUGCACAUGUUAUAUGUUUUAUUGUGUUGGCUGUCCGUGAACCCAUCCUACAAUACAUGUGUCAGUCGGUGUUGAAGCAACAGCUGCCUCGGGAGAUCAAGGACAUCAAAGAGUUCUCUGUCGACGACAUCGACCCAAAAAAGUCAGUCAGUCAGUCACCACAAUGAGCGCCGACACACACACACACACACACAGAGUCUCGCCCGGGUCGUUCAUGUGUAUGUGCAGGCGCCCGGAGCUGCAGAAGUUCUGGUACAUGCCAAACCCAUUCAGGCCGCAGGUCCUUUCUCCCCCAGACCCACAGAGGCCAAGCCAUGAACCAUCUUAUCUUCCUUUUUUUUGUGUAGGGCACCACUGCAGCUUUGAGCGACACCGAGUACUACCGUCAGUUCUUCGCCGACAAGGACCGCGCCCUGGACGGCCGGCAGAAGGAGUACGAGGCCAUGCUGGCCGAUGAGAAGAGCCAGGAGGACAAGGAGGGGCGGGCGGGGGUGGCUCGCGUGCGCGUCAAGCCGUCUGCCUACUGGAUAGACGAGGGCUACUCGACGCCCGAAAUCGGGGCGGUGCCGUUCAUGCAGAGCAUGGAGCUGAGGAAGGCCAUGAUGAACGAGGCUUACAAUGUCCGAAAAGGUGAAUAUAUCUAAGAGAGAGGGCGGAUAAAUGGGAAUGGGCAUGGUGUGGUGUGGGGGGGCUGUGCUGUGCUGUGCUGUGUGUGUGAGUGCAGGUUGUAUGUUGAAUGUGGAUGUGUGGGAGGCCUUCCUGCGGCGGGCUGUGGAGCUGAGCGACCGCGUCAAGGCCAGGACCCUCCUCAGAUGCCUACAGGUACCUGCACAACACACAACACAACACACAGGGAUGCAUUCACUUGUGCACCACUUACUGUACUGCAUCAGGCGGCUGCAUCAGUGCGGUUUCCGUGCACUCCCGAGUGGAAGGCCCUCGUCCAGUAAGCCACCCAACACAGCACAGUACCAGAGGAGAGGGGCCGCCAUCCUCACUCACAUUUGGAUGGAUUUGUGGCCUUGUCAGGUCAGUGUGCCGCCGCAAGACGGAGCUCCUGCCACAGGACUUCUUCUACCUCUUCCAGGUGCGUGUGAUGUGCAUCACACAUGUGUGUGCCUGUCUGUGUGUCUGUCUGUCUGUCAGGCGUGUGCCCGUCAGCGGUGGCGCGACCGCCACUUGCUUGAAGCCCUCAAGGCAAUGGCGCUUGCCUGGCCAAAACUCAAGAACAAAGCUGCCAUCAAAGUGAGAACAGACAGACGAGUGUCCAUCCGUGUGUGUCGUCAAGGAGGGAGUGCCCCAAUGUGUUCUGCAUCCGUGUGUGUGUGUGUGUGGAUGGAUGGAUGAAUGGAUGGAUGGCGUCAGUCGGCGAAUGCGUUGGCCAAGCUUGACAUGGGUCGCGAGCACCUGUGCCAGCCGCUGAAGAUCAGCCUGCAUCAGAGAAUCGACACAUUGACACGUACGCAGCCUGCCUGCCUGGUUGCUGUGGGGCUAGAUAGAUGGAUGGUUUUGGAUGGAUGUCUGCGUGUGUGCAGCUGAGAACUGUGCGAGCAUGAACGCGUUGACCAUCCAGGAGUGUCUGCGUGACGUCAGUGUGGAGCCCUUUCUCCGCCAGUGCAUGCACCACCACCAGGGAGUCACCUUCCACCAGGCCAAGGAGCUCACCACACUCGAGUACCACCUCAGGUACACACACACGGAGGGGCGCCCUCGGCACAAUCAAUGUGUGUGCUGCGUGUAUGUGGGUGAAUCAAAUCGAGCAGGCUGGUUCGUCCAGGUCUGUACGGUCGUCUCGACCCCUCUGUCAAGUAUUUCCUGGAGGAGCUGCGCAGAGACGUCAUCAGGGCAGCUGGCCACACGGGCCAGGAGACAUUUCGCGACAAUCCGGGCGAGGACAGCGACCGAGAGGAGGAGAUGGCGAUGGGGGCCGGUGUUGAUGAUGAAGGUGAGGACGAUGGGGAGGGCGAUGCGCCCAUAUCGGACUCUGACAGCGAUGGCGAUGACGCAACCACACCUGCGCAGCACGACACUGGGAAGCAGCACGGUGAGUGUGAAAGCAGACAUUCGUGUCUGCGCAUCACAUCAGGUGAAACGAGCCGAGCCUUGUGGGUGCUGUGCUGUGUGUGCCUUGCAGGUGUGUCAACAAUGUCAAGCUGGGUGCAUCGUGACGUGUGUCGGCUGCUGACACACAUGGGGGUGCCGCACACCAGCGGCCUCAAAGCAGGUCAGUCAGUCACGACACAACACAACACACACAAAGACAGCAAUCCAAUCCAUGUGUUCUGUCCAUUGAUCAGGUCCCUAUACGGUGGACAUAUUCCAUGCGCCAAGCAACACGCUGAUCGAGCUGAAUGCGCCCUUCCAGUACUACGUCGGCACCGCACUCCUCACGGCAGCCACCAGAAGGCGCCACGAGAUGCUGCAGGCGAUGGGCUUCCGCCUGCAGCACAUCUCGCACACCAAAUGGGAGACACUCAGAACCGACGCCCACAAGGUAAGACAGGUGGGCACACACACACGUGCCUACCUGUGUGACUUCAGUGAGGUGAAUUUUGCAUGCGUGUGUGUGUAUGUGUGUGUGUAUAUGUGUGUGUGUGUGUGUGUGUGCGGUUGUCAGGUGGCACAUCUGCGUCGGCUGCUGACGUUGGGUGACAAGUCUGUGAGUCCGUCAGAUGAUGGUGCGUCGAGGGAGACCGCCAGGGGGCGGCGAGAGAAGGCAAGGGCAGAGACGCGUGCAUCCCCCCUUCUGCAGUAGGCAGCCGGCCCCCCUCAGAAGGCAGAUGUCUGUCUGCUGU